UUCUCAAUUUUCCAGUUGUGAUGAAAGGUUCUUCUCCCACUGAUGUCCAGUGCUUCCAGCAGUUGUCCAGUCUCCACUUUUUCUUUGCUGCAAUUUCCCACUCUAUCAGUGUUGUCAGGUUGGCUAUAUCAAGCAUGUUGUAACAUUAUUCCAGUUCGAAGGUAUCUCAAUGGUUUUCGCUUGUAAACCACUUCAACUGUUAUACACGUACAAGUUCUCUCUUUUAAAGUCACACUUGAAACUCAUUCGGAUUCGAACUAUUCAUCUGCUGUUCUACUAAACCAUCUGGACUUUCAGGAACAUAGCCUUUUUUCAAAUUCACUUUCACAGACUAAUGUGCCAGAGAUGCCCUGGACUCCUGGUGAGCCUUCGCGCUACGUUCAGAAGCAAGCAAGCAGCGGCAUCAACGUUCCUUUUUUUAUGAAUGGGCAGGGGCACAAAGCCGCACUGUUAUUCCCAGUGGAACUUGUAGCGGGCCGGUGUCCUUUCCUCACUCCGUUUUCCUGGAAGAAAUAACAUAGGCGUUCGCUUUUUGUCUGCACAAAAUCGCGCACAGGAAUAUGUCGUCUGUGAUCUUCCAACUGACGCUUACAGCUCUGCUUAUUUAUGGGGUUGUGGCUGCACCAUUUCUGGCUGAUAAAGAAGCCCAUCACUUCAUCCGAGAUAAAAGGCAAACUCACAUGAUGCAAGGAUAUUGGGACCCAAAUAGUGCAAGUAACGUGUGGGGUGUCACCCCAGCGGAGCAGGCAAGUGAAUACUGGACAUCGUUGAGAGAUACAGCGCAGUACUAUAUAGGUUUGAGUUCAGUCGGGUUUGCAUCAGAUCCUUCUGUUGUACAAGAGCAUAUCAGGAGCUACAUGGACUACCUGCGACAGACAAGUGUUUACCUCCAACAACCUCUCACGCAUAAAUAAAAAAAAUAAAGGAUAAAAGGAGCAUCUAGAAAUUCUUGACAUUAAUUUAGUGAAGAACCAUGCAGCAUAUCAUGACCAAUAUUUCUGCUCCACACCCCUCUGCUUGUAACACAGCUCAGUAAGUUUGCCAAAAGAAGGGAUGUGCCUUAA